CAAAGGAUACUAAAUUUACAUACAUUAAUAAAUGUAAAUGGUCAAAGUAUAGUCUUGGAGCAUCAAACAAAUCAAAUUAGCAAUAAUGAAAGAAAUAAUAGGAAUUAACAUUAUAUAUGAGCCAAAUCAAUUAUGUAAUGGAAUAAAAGACGUGCAUGGUUGACAUUUGACAAGAACGUUAAUUAGUUGAAGAUAUAGCAAAGGAGUAAUGCGCAGCACGUCGAGAUAGUACAUCCCUUCCACUCAUACUCUAUAAAAUUCGGCAUUAAGAUCACAAAUUUUAGGCUCCAAUGCCAAUUCAUUAACCAUCUUAAUUAAAGUCAAGAGGGAGAGAGAGAGAUGGAGGCGAGGGUGUUGAUGAUGAUGAUGAUAAUAUUGGGAUGCAGUCUGAAAUUGACAGAAGCAACCAUGGAUGAAGCAGAGGUUUUUCAUGUGAGUGGAUUUGUUAAAUGUCAAGAUUGUUCUCAAGGCUGGAAUGAAUGGGUUCAGGGAGAUAAACCUAUCAAAGGGGCAAGGGUAUCAAUAACAUGUUUAGACGAUUGCGACGGAUUAGCACACUAUGGAAGCGACGCUACGGACGAUGACGGGGAGUUCAGCUUGAUAGUAAAGAAGAUAGUCCAUGGCAAGAAGUUGAAUCUGAAAGAUUGUCUAGUGAGAUUGGUAUCAUCCCCAGAUUCAUCCUGUAAUAUUCUUACAGAUUUUGGAAAAGGGAAGACAGGGGUGAAUCUAAGACAACCUUCAGUUAUUUAUAGGGGUGUCACUAAAUAUGUUGUUGGUCCAUUUUAUUAUACCACACCUACAUGUGAUUGUGAUGAUGAGCCUGAUAAUAAUCAUAAAACUUACCAAGGCUCUUCUUGAUUUUAUUGUAAUUAAUAGCAAAUCCUUGUGGCUUAAUUUGCGACCUUAAGCAUAUAUAUACCAUGUGUAAUGAGUUGGUUAAGCGUGGAAGAACAAGAGCAAAUGUCAAAAUUUUAGUGGAUGUAAACUAUUACGGUUAACUCUUAGGCCAUGUUUCUUUUUGAGCUGAGGUGAACUGAAUUGAACUGAAUUUCCCUGAAAUUCAACCA